AGUGCCUGAAGUUUCCUCAGCCCUUCUGCCGGGACUGCGAGGGUUCGCUGAAAGAUGAGGGCCUGGAUUUUUUUCCUUCUCUGCUUGGCAGGCAAAGCCCUGGCAGCUCCGCAGGAGGCUCUGCCCGAUGAGACGGAGGUCAUUGAAGACCCCACCACAGAGGAGCCUGUGGGGGCUAACCCUGUCCAGGUGGAGGUGGGAGAGUUUGAGGAACCCACGGAGGACGUAGAGGAGAUUGUCACAGAGAACCCCUGCCAGAACCACCACUGCAAGCACGGCAAGGUGUGCGAGGUGGAUGACAACAACUCGCCCAUGUGUGUGUGCCAGGACCCCUCCAGCUGCCCAGCCACCACCGGCGUCUUUGAGAAGGUCUGCGGCACUGACAACAAGACCUAUGACUCCUCCUGCCAUUUCUUUGCCACCAAGUGCACCUUGGAGGGAACCAAGAAGGGACACAAGCUGCACCUGGACUACAUCGGGCCUUGCAAAUUCAUCCCCGCCUGCCUGGACACAGAGCUGACCGAGUUCCCCCUGCGCAUGCGGGACUGGCUGAAGAACGUGCUGAUCACCCUGUAUGAGCGCGAUGAGGACAACAACCUGCUGACCGAGAAGCAGAAGCUCAAGGUGAAAAAGAUCCACGAGAACGAGAAGCGCCUGGAGGCUGGUGACCACACCGUGGAGCUCCUGGCCCGCGACUUUGAGAAGAACUACAACAUGUACAUCUUCCCCGUGCACUGGCAGUUCGGGCAGCUGGACCAGCACCCCAUCGAUGGGUACCUGUCCCACACCGAGCUGGCCCCCCUCCGUGCCCCCCUCAUCCCCAUGGAGCAUUGCACCACUCGCUUCUUUGAGGCUUGCGACCUGGACAAUGACAAGUACAUCGCCCUGGAGGAGUGGGCCAGCUGCUUCGGCAUUAAGGAGCAGGACAUAGACAAGGAUCUUGUGAUCUAAACCCCCAGCUUCCUUCUCUGCUGCCAACUUUGUCUUGUUUUAACCUUCCCACUUCCUUUGGUUUUUAAACUGCUUUUGUUUGGUUUUGUUUUGUUUUUUUUCCCUGGGAACAAGGUGCUAAUAUAGAUCUAAACAUACGUAGUAAUGGUGCUAAGAGAAAUAACAGUCCUCGUUCAUAGCCUAAUCUAUCACCACUAGAUUACACACGCUCUUACCAGCGCUUUCUCUCUCCGACGUGUCUUUACCAUUGACCAACCCUGUUGCUGUCUUGAAUAUCCGUCUCGGUAUCCACUCUCGGAUUGACUUCUCUUAACUUCUUACUAACAGCACUUACAGACCGCCAGCAAGGGAAGGCAGAGCUGGAGGAUGUAGGAGGACUGGGCUUUUUGGGCAGAGCAGCCGGGGGUGACAUUGUGGUCACCCAGCUCAUGGU